GCAGGUCAGGGCGGAGAUCGCUUCCUUGUGAAGAUGGUGGCUCCCUUGUCUCUGCUUCUGAUUGUAGCCGUCACAAUCCGCGCGGCUCUGUACAGAUCCAGCCUAGCGGAGCUGAUCGCAGAGAGGGUGGAGGUGGUGUCUCCGAUCACCGCCUGGAAGCGAGUUAUCGAAGGUUUAGCGCUGCUUGAUCUGGGAGUUUCUCCGUAUUCCGGCGAUGUUUUCCACGAGACUCCUCUCAUCAUUUACCUCUUUCACUUUCUGGUGGAUUAUGCAGAAAUCACGUUCAUGCUGGCGGACGUGAUCACAGCGGUGGCUCUUUACAUGGCCGUGAAGGACUUUAACAAGCAAGUGUUCAGGAAGCAGAAGUUUUCCGUGGAGGCGGAGCGUUACCCCGCAGACUGCCUGGAGCUCAUCAGGAGCCCCACUGAGAUGUUCUACAUCCCCCUGAAAGUAGCCAUGUUUUACCUGCUGAACCCGUUCACCAUCUUGUCCUGCGUUGCCAAGUCGACGUGCGGCCUGAACAACGCCGUCCUCUCCCUGUUCGUCCUCACAACCAUAAAAGGAAACGUUCUGCUGAGCGCCAUUUUCCUCUGCUUGGCCACCUACCAGUCCAUCUACCCUCUGACUCUGUGCGCCCCGGCCAUGCUGUACCUGAUGCAGCACCAGUACGUCCCGGUGAAUCCGCGGCGCGCCGCCUUCUGGUGGUUCCUGGUCCAGUACCUGUUCAUGUACCUGGGCAGUUUGUUCGUCAUCGUCUGCCUGUCCUUCUUCCUGCUCGGCUCCUGGGACUUCCUGCCCUCCGUCUACGGCUUCAUCCUCUCGGUUCCUGACCUGACGCCCAACAUCGGCCUCUUCUGGUAUUUCUUCGCUGAGAUGUUUGAGCAUUUCCGCCUCUUCUUCCUCUGCGUCUUCCAGAUCAACGUCUUCUUCUACACCGUCCCUCUGUGCAUCAAACUGAAGGACCAGCCGGUGUUCCUGAUGUUCAUGCAGCUGGCGGUGAUCUCCAUCUUUAAGUCUUACCCCACAGUGGGCGACACGGCGCUCUACCUGGCCUUCCUCCCCGUCUGGAGCCACCUGCACAGAUUCCUCAGGAACAUCUUCCUGGUUUCCUGCGUUCUGCUCGCCUGCUCUGCUCUCUUCCCGGUUCUCUGGCAUCUCUGGAUCUACGCCGGAAGCGCCAACUCCAACUUCUACUACGCCAUCACGCUGCUCUUCAACGUGGCGCAGAUCCUGCUGGUGUCGGAUUAUUUCUACGCCUUCCUGAGGAGGGAGCACCACCUGACGGCCGGGCUCUACCUGAAGAAGAAGGACGGCUCCGAGGCGACGCUGGUGCUGAAAUGAAGCGCACCCUGCGGCUGCUGCAGAGCAACGAGCUGAUUGAACCUGAUCAAAUCUGAUCAAAUCUGAUCAAACCUGAUCAAACUUCCUCAGACUGGAAUGAGGAGGAAUAAAAACGCUGAUGGUGCAGAACUCUGAGCGACUCGCCGCCGUUUCCGAUGAACAAACUCUGAACUGUUCAGGAGGGAAAGUUUCAUCUGAGAAUAUUUUAUUCAGAACUUUUUCUGUUUAAACAUAAAAUGUAGGAAACGUGUGAAUGUCCAGAGGAAUGGCUCAGCAUCACUUGGUUUUGUCUAUUUUACUUGGUGAAUUUUAAUUUCUUUGUGUUGUGAGCAGAAUGCGAGGAUUAUAUAAAGUUCUAAAGGUUUCAGUUAUUAAUUGGAUCUUUUCUGGGAUGAAAACAACAAAACUUCAUUUUUUGUUUUGCAGAUUAUGGAUCAAGAUAAAAUUGUCCAAGCUGCCGAAACACAACAUUUAUUUGUGUAUUUUUUUCCCUUUCUUAUAAAAAAUAUCUUAUAACACUUAAACUAAUACGAAGCUAAAUUGCAGUAACUUUUCAGCAAAAUGUAGGAGCAUUUUUUAAUUAAAUAAUUAUUUGAUUUCCAUUAAACUUUCUGUUUCCACUGCAGAUUAUUAAACUUAUAACAUGGAAAAAUGUCCUAUUAGUCAGAUAAUCUGCAGGUGAAGCGAUUAUUUAUUUAAAACAAGUUUUUUAUCUGUUGCUCAGAAGUUUUUGGUAUUUUUUAUUUCAGGUUUUCUCAGAUAUUUGCAGGUUUGGUUUCACACAUUAAAGGCUCAAAUGUUGAAUGUU